AUGGCGGAUGACGCCGGUGCAGCGGGAGGGCCUGGAGGCCCGGGGAUGGGAGCCAGCGGCGGUUUCCGCGGAGGCUUCGGUAGCGGUCUGCGGGGUCGGGGCCGUGGGAGGGGCCGCGGAGCUCGAGGAGGCAAAGCCGAGGACAAAGAGUGGCUCCCCGUCACCAAACUGGGCCGUCUGGUGAAAGAUAUGAAGAUUAAAUCAUUGGAGGAGAUUUAUCUUUUCUCCCUGCCCAUCAAGGAAUCUGAGAUCAUCGACUUCUUCCUGGGCAUUUCCCUCAAGGAUGAGGUGUUGAAAAUCAUGCCAGUGCAGAAGCAGACACGUGCUGGCCAGCGGACCAGAUUCAAGGCCUUUGUUGCCAUCGGAGACUAUAACGGCCAUGUUGGCUUGGGCGUCAAGUGCUCCAAGGAGGUAGCUACUGCUAUCCGUGGGGCCAUCAUUCUAGCCAAGCUCUCCAUUGUCCCUGUGCGGCGUGGCUACUGGGGGAACAAGAUUGGCAAGCCUCACACCGUUCCCUGCAAGGUGACUGGGCGCUGUGGCUCUGUGUUGGUGCGUCUGAUCCCUGCACCCCGAGGCACUGGAAUCGUCUCGGCCCCUGUGCCUAAGAAGCUGUUGAUGAUGGCUGGAAUUGAUGACUGUUACACCUCAGCCAGGGGCUGCACAGCUACCCUGGGCAACUUUGCUAAGGCCACCUUUGAUGCCAUCUCAAAGACCUACAGCUAUCUGACCCCAGAUCUCUGGAAAGAGACGGUGUUCCCGAAGUCUCCCUACCAGGAAUUCACAGAUCAUCUUGUAAAGACUCACACCAGAGUCUCCGUGCAGAGGACUCAGGCUCCACUAACAAAAACCGAGGAAUCAGUCUUCCAGAAGGUAUAUGACUCUGUGACACCUUCUUACAAGUACCACACUUUUGGUUGA